AUUUUCAGCAAAUUUUUGCAAGCACAAACUACAGAUGAAGACAAUAAAAUUGAGCAGAUUGUACUUCUUUAUAGUACUCAUGGUUGUGCUACCUUGCAGUCUUGCCAUCUAUUUCGCAAAUUUAGGAACGCUUCCUGUAAUAGGAGCACGUCCAAAGGAAGUUCCUUGCGAAUACAGGUCCUUUGUGAUAUGCAUAGGCCAAAAUAUGUUGAGUAUAUUCUGACAAUAAUAAAAAAAAUUUGUAUAUGGUCUUGCACGAUACGUAGUGAGUUAAAAAUGCACACGAAUGAGG